AUGCGCGGGCGGUGGGAGAGGCGUCCCCGGGCGUCGUCGUCGUUGCCGUCCAUGAUGUCUUCAUCUUCGCCGCCGACGCCGGUUCAGAUCCGCGAGGCUAACGCGCAUUUGGCAGCGUUGCACGGGCGGGUUGCAGAGUUGGAGCGGCGGUUGGCAGCUGCGGAGCGCACGGUGCACGGCCAGGCUGAGAGUCUCAUCCGGAAGGAUGCCGAGAUGCGCCAGGCGGUGUUCGGGCUUCGGGAGGGCAAGGACAGGGAAAUUGCCAUAUUGGAGGAAAAGCUGCAGUCUUCUGAACAGCAUGCCCAAAAACUGUUAAAUGUGAUCCAGGAAAAAGACAGUUUGAUCACGCAACUGAGGCACAGGAGCCGCCUGCUGACUAAGAUUUGUCGUAGCCGUCCAGUCCUGGACAAUCUCUUGGCCUACAUGGCUGAAGGGGAGCAACUGAGUCCCGUCCUUGGUGCACAAAGUGACGCCAACUCACCAGAUCACAGCCUGUCAUUGGAGACAAACUGUAUCCCAGACCUUGAUUUGGAUACCAAAGACUUUUCACUUGGGGAUGAUGAACAGGAUUCAGACAAGACUUUGUUUGGGACAACAGUGUAGAUGGACAAGUUUCUUGGGUCCCAUAUCUG